AUGAACGCUGUACGACUAGAGAGUCACAUAAUAUUACCCUCACGGACUGAUCCACGACCCAUACAGAAGCGUAGUGUUCGUAACAACGUAGCACGUACCUAUAUAUAUAAACGGAAAAGUAGAUUUCACUCUGUACCGUAUCUUCGUUUGUACCAAACUGUUCGCGCUCUGGGUACAGACCAAAUGUAUUGGAACGCAGUGCUUCUAAUGGCCUGGUCUUUGGCCACGGUCACCGCCAUCUUGGAUUCGACUAGGAGUCAACAUUAUUGGGAAGACGCGAAACCCGAAGAAGUUCCUCGCUAUCAAAAUGACAACAUGCUGAAAACCUAUGUGUUCAGAGGAGGAAAUAAGCAAUUCGUCACUUCUGUAUUUCCAGAAAUGGAUGCCAGAGGAUUUCAUGAAUAUGUUUUUGAUGGACUACAGCCGGAUUUUCAGUGGCCGUCAAUUAAGUUUAAAAGGAACUAUUAUCCGCAAGGAAUUACGUCUCGAGGGUUCAGUGAUGAUAUUUUUCACCAAAGCUUUGGAAUGUUCGAGCCUUUAAAAAGAUCGGUGUCGAGAACGUCGCCGUCGGUGGCCAACCUGUUGCGGCGCCUGUACCCGAGCUCCGGCGAUGGUGGCGGCGGCGGCAUCAGACUGCGCCAACCGGAGCACACGCCGAUCUCGGUGGCGGCCAAGCGCCGGCCCGAGAUGGACGCCAACGGAUUCCACGGCGAUUCGUUCACCGGCGGUUUCGACCGGUUCGACACGAUGAAGCGCAGGCCCGAGAUGGACGAGACCGGUUUCGAGGGUGACUCGUUCACUGGUUUUGGCGGGUUCGAGACCAUGAAACGGGAGGACAGAGGCGGCGGCGGGGACUACAAGAAUGCACCGCACUCGGCGACCCGGCCCAAGUCGACCACCCACGCCGGACGGUUGUUCGGCGUGCGACAGGAGUAACGGCGGCAGCGGCAGCGAGCAGCACACCACCACCACCAUUCCACCGCCGUCUCACUAUAUAUCACCCGUGUCACCCGCGUCGGGAGUGAUCUCUCUCUCUCUCCCGUCGUCGUUGCAGUCGCCAUCGCCCCCGCCGUCGUCGACGUUUUUUAAUAUUAUAAUAUGAUAUAAUAAUAAUAAAACAAAACAAAAAAAAAAAAAUUACGAAAAUAUAAUAUAU